CCAGCUCACCUCUCCCACCACACACCCUGCUCUGGACACCAGCAGCACCGUAUAAAUGGCCUCAAAACGUCACUUGGAGUCCCUGGACCCUGUGAUUUUCAACAAGCUACCUCGGCUGGAGACGGAGCCCGCUGCCACCACCACCUUCUGCAAAUCCAGCCCCGUGCCCACCCCUGCUCCCGAAAACCAUUUCAACUACAAGGGCUCCUACUUCGCCUGCCCCCUGCAGAGCCCCGAUGGCCCCGAGCAGCCCUUGGGGCACUGGAGCCCUGCGGCCACCUACCUCCACUAUGGCCCUGGGGCUGGCAACCAGCCCGUGCCGGCGGAGGGGCCACUGGUGGGCUGCCUCCUGUACCGCCCCGAGAGCCUGGGGACCGGGCUGCAGCCCCCCCCGGCCACCCAAAAGGGCAAGGACAACCUGAUGCGGGAGCUGCUGGUGGCCAGGGAGAAGUGGCCCAGCUCGCCACCAGCUACCGGACACCCCUUCCCGGUGAAGAAACCGGUGGCGGUGAACAAGGCGGCCCCCCUGGCUGUCCCCAAGCCUGUGUACAGACCCCCCGCCUGCUUCUUGGACCCCAGGGUGGCCCUGCCGCUGGGACCCCGGGGGCACAGCCUGCAGCAGAGACCGGGGGACACGGACUGGGGUCUGCCUGCUGCCACCCCCCCAGCCGGCCACCCCCUCCACCCUGGCGACGCCGGGCUGCACAAGAGGGGUCCCCACUCUGAGCACAGCCUCCUGCCGCUGCACCCCAGCCUGGUGCUGCCCACCAAGGAGAAGGUGGGCUCUCCCCUCGCCUUCUCCCCCUACUACACCGCCUUCGAGAAGUACAGGGGCAACAACCCCUUGCUGGAAGCUGGUUGCCCCGUCGCCCACGGCCAGAGGAAGGUCCCCAGCCUCAGCCCGGACCCCUGGCCCAAGCUCCAGCCCCCCGUUGCCAGCCCGGCGUACCGGGAGAGACCACCAGCAUGCUACCCCCACACCCACUACCCGCUGCCCCUCCAUAAGGCUGCCUUCCUCUACCACCCCCCGCCACCUCCCACCGCCGAGCCACAGCCCUACAAAGCCUUUGGGUUUGCGGGGAGCGGGGAGCCCUUUCCCAGCUCUUACCUGAAGCCCCAAGCCCCACGGAGCUUCUUUCCCACCCCCUUGGACACCUACGUGCCGAGGGCGGCCGGCACCGGCGCGGUGGCAUCCCCUCCAGGGCUACCAAGGGACUCUGAGCCACCGCGGCGAGCCGGCUACUUGCCGAGCCCCAACUUUGCCUUCAGCCCCGGUGACACGGCCGUAUCGGGGACCUCCUUCGCCGGCGCCGAGCCGGAAAGUCCUCGGGGACGAGGGGCGGGCAGCAGGCACCACAGCGCCUUCCAACCCGUCUGCACCCCCGAGAAGGUGCCCGAAGGCUCCAGUGAAGGGUUUUCUAAAGGAGAAAGGAGCUGGGGGAAACCCAACCCAGGGGAGCAGGACCCCACUUACCACCCCGGGAGGAGGACGGCCAGCCCGGCCCCACAGGAGACCCCCCGUGGAGGACCACCAGCUCCCAUCGUCACAGGGAAGGGACAUGCCUGCAAGGUCAAGGAUGCAGCCAAGGAGCUCGUCCCCCCUUCUCCGGCCACCUCCCCCCCAGAGGGGCUGAAAGCCCCGAGGGAGAGUGAGGUUUCUCCUUCCUCCCCACCCAUGCCGGUCAUCAACAACGUCUUCAGCCUGGCACCUUACCGAGACUACCUGGAGGGGACCGAGGGCUCAGCCCGGGUCCCCUUCUGCAGGGAGCAUCCGCAGGGGGACACCCCACCCCGAAAUAUGGGGGGCCGCCGGGAGCCCACAGCCCUUGGUGACACCUCGGUGACAUCCAGCCUGCUGCCCGCAGGGACGGUGGCCAGCCAGGGGCUGAAGACAGGGAGCGGCGUGGUCCAGAGCCAAGAGGAACGUUGUCAUGGAAAGGUCCCCGAAAAACCAAAGCUCACACCCCGAGAGCCGGGGUCCCGGGAGGGCAGCCCUGGUGGGGUGAGGAGUGGGGAGCCGCCCCCUGAGGACAUCGUGCUGGACCUCAGCUUGAAGAAAAAAGCUGGGGAGACCCAGGGACCGGUCGGCCGCGCAGAGGGGACACCGGACACGGGGGAUGUGGAGGAGGAAAAAGAUGGUCCAGGGGGGAAGGUGAGGGUGGGAGAGGGGGCCAAGCCCGGGGGGCUGCCUGUGCUGAUCGAGGUGGGCUCCGGGGACAGGAGCAACUUCCAGAGCUCGGCCACCUUCAUGUUCAAAAAAUACAAGAUCCUGCGCUCCCGCCUGCCCACCACUGUGCCCCCCCGGCCGGCCAGCAGCCCCUGUGCCCCCCAGCCCAGCCCACCGCCCCUAACCCCCUUGGCCAGCAUCCCCACACCACCGCAGACCCUCCCUGCCUCCCCACCGGCCAGCAGCCCCCCAGCCCCACAAGUUGGUCCCUCAGCUCUGCAGGGGGCUCGCCCAGACCCACAGCAACCCCCGCCGCCCGAAGCCCCCCGUGUGGUGGGAGAGGAGAGCGUCUUGCUGGCCGGGCAGUGUGAGCCCCCUGGCCCGCAGACCUCCGCCGGCCAGUAUUUCAGCAGCCUCCACACCUUGCUCUGCGACGUUAUUUCGUGCUCGGUGUCCAGGUCCUCCCCGGAGCUCCUGCGGGAGUGGUUGAAGAAGGCAGAGGUGGUGGAGGAGCUUGGAGAGAUGCCCAAAUCCCCCCCCAAACCCAAGAACGGCUCCAGGAUCCCUGAACCUCAGAAGCCCACCAAAGGCAAGGAGAUCUGGUUGGCUUUCCAAGACGUGCCCACUCUCCUCACCAACCUGCUGUCUCAGCUGGAGACCUUCAUGUUUGCUCGCAAGUGUCCUUUCCCCCACGUAGUCCGGGCAGGGGCCGUCUUCAUCCCCAUCCACGUGGUGAAGGAGAAGCUCUUCCCCAAGCUCCCUGGGGCCUCCGUUGACCAAGUGCUGCAAGAGCACAAGGUGGAGCUGCGCCCCACCACGCUCUCCGAGGAGAGGCACCUGAGGGACCUGGAGCUGAAGAGCUGCACCUCGCGCAUGCUGAAGCUCCUGGCCCUCAAGCAGCUCCCCGACAUCUACCCAGACCUGCUGAACCUCUACUGGCACGACUCCAUCAGGCAGCAGCUCGGUUCAAGCGGACAGGCCGGCCAGCCCCCCUCCAAGUAGGUAGCCCUGGCAUGAAGGCACUGGAAGUUGAUGGCAACCGAUGGCCAUGAACUGCACGAAAGACAAGGAGGCACUAAGGAACGUGCCGAGGGCAAUGUCCAAGCUGCCCAACCACGAGGACAGGAAAGGGAAGGUCCCCAGAGUGGGGUCCCCUCCGGCAGUGACAUGGAUGCCAAGAUGGAGUGGUUGACCACCAGACAACCUGGGGAGAGAUGCUUGGCUCCCACUGGCGAGGUGGCUGUGUCCCAGGGUGGCAAGAGGUCCUCCUGGGAUGCUGGUGCCUGGAGGCCACGACAGCUCAGGGACACUCCAAGGCCACACGAGCCAGAGAGGCUCCAAGGCCACAAGCAGGGAUGGUCACAGCGUGGUCCCCUGGCCCCAGGGGUGGGCUCAAGCCCAUUUUGGGGCUUCAUUUCUUUUAAUGCAUCACCUUUUAGUGCGUCUCCCAUCUCCAUCCACGACCAGGCUGGAGCUGGGAGAGAAUGGUGGGAGUCCCAGUGGAGCUGGAGGGCUGGGGCAGCCUUGGGUACCCACCAAAGGAGCAUGGAAAUGGCCACACCACCGUCCCCAGCCGUGGAGAAAGGCUGGCUACUGCAGGGAUGACUUGCUACGUCCCCUCCUCUCUCCUCUAACUCGCCCCCUCCAGCUUUAUCCACACCGUUCCCAACAAACCAACCUUCCUCCUGGGCUGUCAUCUUCAUCCAGAGGCUUAACACCACGUCGAGGGUGGAGGGAAUCACAACUUCUGUAGUUACAGGACUGAUUUUUUUUUUGUUGUUGUUGUUUUACACGAAGACAUUUUAAAAAUGUUACAAACUCACCUUCAUAAGGAGCUGCUGCCUUCCGGUUACGUGUUGGUUGGUUGUUUCGUUGUUUUUUUUUAUAAACAUACAGUAAUUUAUACUUGUUUUUUUAUUUAAACUCAACGGCUGCACCCGUUUACUGUGCCUGGGAGCGGUGCUGCUCGGGCUGAGAGCUUUGGCCCCGAUUGUAGCUGAAAGAGGCUGCAGGAAAGAUCCAGAAACCGUGCCAAGAAACCCAAACCCCUUUGCAGCACAGACACCAGCUGCCCCAAAGGAGACGCACCCCUGGGGACAACCCUUGGUGGCAACGAAGAUGUGGAGGACCCAGGUGUGGCUGGAGGGGCAGGAGAGAGGAACGAUGCCGUGAGACCUUGGAAGGAGAGAUCUUUUCCAUCUUGGGAGGGCCUGGAAGUUGGUGGGCAUCCCAGGAGGGACCCCGGCAGCCGAGGACAGACGGACGGAUGGGUGGACGGAUGGACGGGUAGAUGGGUGGAUGGAGGGUCCACAGCAGAGGCCUUACAAACUCGACACUCAGGUGUUUUUUUUCCCAGCUGAUGCGGGGCGUGGAGGAACAAAACGAGGAUGACGAUGAUUAUUAUUAUUAAUUUUAUUUCACUACAGGAAAUAUUUAUUUUAAACUAAGAAAAUGGCGGGGAAAAAAAAAAAAAAAAAAAAAAAAAAAA